GAGUACAAACACACACACACACACACCAAAGAAUAAUUCCAAAAAAAAUAAUUACAUUAAAAGAGAAAGAAGAAAUGAACAAAAUGAGCAAUACAGUGAUAGGAUUCUUGAAUAUCCUAACACUAAUCUCCUCCAUCGUUAUAAUAGGAUCAGCUCUAUGGAUGGGUCGGAGCAAGACAACAUGCGAGCAUUUUCUUCAGAAGCCACUUCUGGUCUUAGGCCUAGCAAUAAUGGUCUUGUCACUAGCUGGUCUGAUAGGUGCAUGCUGUGACGUGGCUUGGGUCUUGUGGGUGUACCUCUUCUUCAUGGUCUUCAUCAUAGUUGCGCUCAUGGGUUUGACCCUUUUUGGGUUUAUUGUAACUAACCAUGGUGGUGGUGUGGGUGUGACUGGUAGGGUUUAUAGAGAGUUUAAGCUUGAAGAGUAUCAUCCAUGGCUUAAAACAAGGGUUAUGGAUGCUAAUUAUUGGUUGACUAUAAAGACUUGUCUCUUGGGCUCACUCACUUGUUCCAAGCUCUCUUUUUGGACUCCUAUUGAUUAUCUCCAAAAGGAUUUGACUCCUCUUCAGUCUGGAUGCUGCAAACCACCGACGUCGUGCGUGUACAACACGGAUACGCCGAUACAGCAAGAUUCGGAUUGCUACCGGUGGAACAACGCUGCGACCGUGCUGUGCUACGACUGUGACUCGUGUAGAGCUGGCGUUUUGGAGACAGUGCGGCGAGAUUGGCAUAAACUAUCUAUAGUUAAUGUUGUCAUUGUUCUCUUCCUAAUCGCCAUUUACUGCGUUGGUUGCUGCGCGUUUAAAAACGCCAAACGCCCUCAACACUACGGUUUUCCAUACGGACGUUACGGCAUGUCCAAGUCUCGACCCGGAUGGGAACAGUCUUGGUCGAGGUGGUGGCGUGGUGGAGAUCGGUAUUAGUGAAAAAUAUUUAUGUAAUGUAUUUACGAGUUAUUGACUCAACUCUUGGCCUCUUUUCGUUGAUGAUGAUAUCACAACUUUUGUGUUGUUGAAAAGGAUCAGAUUAACUAUGAGAUCGUAGUAACAAUGUUCCAACUAGUAGGAGUUCUUGUUUCAUUGAGAUGAUAGGAGUUUUUUUUUUUUUUUUGAUAGGAGUUGUUACCGACUUACCGUGACCUGGUUUGUAUACUGAGGGAGACAAAGUUUGUCGUUUUAUACAACGGUAA